AUGUUAGGUCAGUCUUGUUUCUUUUGCAUACUGAGUUUCGGUACAUUCAUUGGUACUUCAAGUUCAUUUGUCAAUCAAACGACGGCAACGGCUUCAUCUUGGAUGCAAAAUGCAACAAGUGACGUGAAAAAACUAGCUAACUAUAAACUUCAAGAUAAGUCCUUCGCCGUCAAGUAUAUGUCUGAAAUCGGUUCACGUUGUACUGAGGAUGGAUUCUUCCCUGAUAAGGAGGAUUGCCGGAAAUUCCACGUUUGUUCCAAUGGUAUACAAUCGAUUCGGCGGUGUAAGGAAGGCAUGUUAUGGGACGAGACGAAGAUUGGUUGCAAUAUGCAAAAUAGUACGAUGUGUACAGGCGGUCGAAAAAAAUGGCUCACAGACGAAAAUGGUAUAUCGAAAUCAUUCAAAGGCAAUUAUACGUGUCGAUCAGGUGCGAAUGGUUUAUUUGCUGAUCCAAGUUCAUGUUCGAUUUAUCAUCGGUGUGUGCUUGGUAUUCUACACUCAACGCAUUUUUGUAAUCCAGGUUUACACUUUUCUGCAAGUGCUAGUGGAUGCGUUUUGCCAAAAGACGCGGAGUGCGAAGGGCAAAUUGCUCCACCGUAUUCAUCUAUUGAAUGUGCUCUGGGUAGCUCAGGUUAUUUUCCUGAUCCGUACGAUUGUUCGGUAUUUCACUAUUGCGAUGGUGUGAGAAUUCAAAGUGAAGCAUUGCUGUGUUCUGCUGGUCGUGUAUGGAGCUCGCGAUUAGAAAACUGUGCUUGGCCACACGAGGUUCCUGAAUGUCACAAUUCUUGUCCACCAAAUUACUCUAGUCAAAUGCGUUUUUCGGAUCCCGUGGUAUGUUCAAAAUAUAUCCAAUGUGUGGAUGGAAGUUUACAGCCGCGAACGUGUUUAAAUAACUUUCUCUUCGAUCGUAUUACGAAAACAUGUAAACCGUAUGAGCAAGCUGAAUGUCAUGGCGAUAAGCCUGGUUCUCUUUCGACGGCUACGACUAGUGAUCCAUACAUUCCAUUUGACAUCUCAGAUAGCAAUCCGAUUUCAUCCGACGAAGUGAAUAAGAAACAACGAGUGAUUUCAUUCAGCUGUAUUGUUGAUGGUUAUUUUGGCGAUACACAGGAUUGCCGUGUUUAUCAUGUUUGUAUCGAUGGACGCGAUUAUCGUUCGAUUUGUGCGCCAGGUCUGCAUUGGGAAUCAUUGUUACGUUUGUGUAUGCCUGCACAUCUUGUUGGCUGUCAAAAUUCGAAAUCGAUUGAUUCAACAUCAGGCUCAGUAAAGAAAAACUGGUUCCAGCUAUUUACACGUCCAAUCAUGAAAUCCACAAUAGUAACAACGACGACAACAGCACCCGUGCCAAUCACAUCAAUGCUACCUUCGAUGUUCACUUGUGCCAGUCGUGUUAACGGUUACUAUCCCGAUCCAGUUCAUUGUCAUAAAUUUCAUUACUGUGGCACAGGUUGGCAUAGCGUGAUGGAAUGUGAUAAGGGUUUGGCCUAUUCGGCUCGAGACAACGAAUGUCUGCCUAUCGAAAUGGUUAACUGUAAUGUUGACAGAGCAAAAGCUCGUUGA